AUGGCUCCACAAUUGAACCCAAAGAUUGUCAAGAAGCACACCAAGAAGUUCAAGAGACACCACCAUGACAGAUACCACAGAGUUGGUGAAAGCUGGAGACUUCAAAAGGGUAUUGACUCUUGUGUCAGAAGAAGAUUCAGAGGUACCAUUUCUGCUCCAAAGAUUGGUUACGGUUCUAACAAGAAGACUAAGUUCUUAAGACCAGAUGGUAAGAAGACUUUUGUUGUUUCUAACUUGAAGGAUUUAGAAGUUCUUUUAUUACAUACCGAGACUUACGCAGCUGAAAUUGCUCACAAUGUUUCUGCAAAGAACAGAGUUGAAAUUUUGUCCAGAGCUAAGGCUAUUGGUGUUAAGGUCACCAAUCCAAAGGGUAGAGUUACUCUUCAAGCUUAA